UAAUACAAUAUGUCUUGUACAUCAAUACUAGCUAUUGUCUUUCUCUUCUGCAUUGCAUCGUCCAAUGCAGCCGUUGAUAUUCAACCCAUUUGCCAGAAAGCCAAAAACCCUUCAUUUUGUAUAAAUCUCCUUGCCCCGAAAGCCGGCGGAGAUCUCAAAAGUCUAGCACAAUACACCCUCAACGUAGAUCGUACCGAUACAUCAAAUACUGUUAGCCUACUUAAAACCCUAAUCGGGAAAAGUGGGGUUGAUCCCAAGCUACACAGUCAUUACAAGAAUUGUUUGGAUCAUUUUGAUGAGGAACAAGCUCUUGGUGAUAUUUUGGAAGCUAUACAACUUUUGAAAGCUCUUGAUUACCAAGGUGUGAGUUCAUAUAUGAGUGCGGUCAUGACCAAUGUUGAUGAGUGUCUUACGGAUGAAUCACCUCCGGAUACUUCUGAUCUUCCCAAGAGUGCUGAAACUGUCUACCAAGUUUCUCAGAUUAGUCUUAUCAUUUCAAAUAUGUUGUCAAACAAAUAGAUUAUUACGUUUAGUUUGUGAUUUUUUUUUUUCAUACAAUAAAUUAGUCAAAUUUUAAAUCUUUUAUUGUGAAAUGAUAUGCUAAAUUUUA